AUGACAUUCGCAGGCUUGUUAGUGUGCCUUCUAUGGAAUAUUAUAGCAGUUACCGUAGCCUGGAUCAAUGGAGAAGGUCCGACAAUUUGGUUUCUUGUUAUUAUUUACUUCAUAACAGGGGUUCCAGGGGCCUAUGUGUUGUGGUAUCGUCCUCUUUAUCGUGCUAUGAGGACUGAUAGUGCAUUGAAGUUUGGGUGGUUUUUCUUGAGUUACGUGUUCCAUAUUGCCUUCUGCGUCUUUGGACUUCGAAUUUGCAGUGGGAUCACAUUUGCUGUGAGUUGGUUAUUUAUUUUGCAUCCUGUAACUGAUGAAUGUAUUUUCCGAUUGUUUGACAGGGGAAUCUUGCCAGCAAUAGAUGUCAUGGGUGAUCAUACUAUGGUUGGGAUUUUCUACUUUAUUGGAUUUGCAUUUUUCUCCAUCGAGUCACUGAUCAGCAUCUGGGUUAUCCAGGAUGUUUACAUGUACUUCCGUAGCAGUGGCAAAGCAGCAGAGAUGAAGCGUGAGGCUGCAAAAUGGACAAUGAUGGCCAUCAUUUUGAGCCCGGAGCCUAACCCGAGAUCCUGGGCUUGGGUCAGGGCCAUCAUUUUGAAACCCGGCCCGAUCCAUCGGCCUACUUAAGGCUUACUCAAGCCAGGCCCGCCCAACCUGCCCAAGGCCCAGUGUCUUUCUUAGUAGAAAAUAACAAAAUUUAUGUUGUGGUACAUAUGUCCUUUUUGGAAAUUAAUUUGGUUAGUCCUGUAUUAUGUAUGAAAUGAAAUUAUUGACAUUGGAUUAGUCUUGGUUCGUAUGGAAUUUGUAUUAUAUAUAGAA